CGCGAGAGUAAACAGUCGCCAUUUCUCGAAAGUAAGAAAGAGCUGAAAGUGUGGCGCACAGUUCGUUCACAUGCGCACAGAAACCAUCCCCGAUAACUCCUAAACUAAAGACCGUAUCUAAGCUUCCUGCUGCCGGCUGUCUUCUCUGGCUGGUGUACAAUUAGAUGUGAUAUUUCGGUCGGAGUUUAUGAGGGCGGGGCAUAACUGCGGAACCAACAGCCCUCCUCUGAAAAAUGAUCAUUGAAAACCUCGAUGCCUUGAAGACGUGGCUCUCGAAGACUCUUGAACCCAUAUGUGAUGCCGACCCAUCUGCUCUUGCGAAAUAUGUGGUUGCCUUGGUGAAGAAAGAUAAAUCUGAAAAGGAGUUGAAAGCACUAUGCAUUGACCAGUUGGAUGUAUUCCUUCAGAAAGAGACGCAGACGUUCGUGGACAAACUUUUCGAAGCUGUGAACGCAAAGAGUUACCUACCUCAACCAGAGCAGCCGACUUCUGCAAGCAGAACCGAAACUCACCAGCGCACGGAGAAAGAUGAAACAAAGAGAGAGGAGCCGCCCAGCCGAGAUGAGGAUCGAGAAAAGAAAUUCUCCAGGAGAAUAAACCACAGUCCUCCGUCUAGCUCCAGAUACAGCCGAGACAGCAGGAGAGUGGAUGACCGCAAGAAAGAUGACCGCUCCAGGAAGCGAGAGUACGACCGCAACCCUCCCAGAAGGGACUCGUACAGAGAGCGUUAUAACCGCAGGAGAGAACGGAGCCGCAGUUACAGUCGCAGUCGCAGUCGCAGCUGGAGUAAGGACCGCACUCGUGACCGGGACAGAGACCGAGAACGGGACAGGGAGCGCGACCGCAGCCGGACACGAUCCCGCACACGGAGUCGCUCUAGAAGCAGAAGCAGAGAGCGAGAUUCUGGAAAGCCAAAAUACGACCACAGUCGCCUAGAACGCCAGGAGACGGCGACCACAGACGGCUACACCGCUCCCCCUCUCGCACCCGGGAACUCCUCUGCUCAUUUCCCUGUGCCCACCCUGAGUAGCACCAUCACUGUCAUCGCCCCCACCCACCAUGGGAACAACACCACUGAGAGCUGGUCAGAGUUCCCUCAGGACCACGCGCCCUUCGGCAGAGGCGGCCCGCCGAGGAAACGCUGUCGUGACUACGACGAGAAAGGCUUCUGUAUGCGAGGAGACAUGUGCCCUUUUGAUCACGGAAGUGAUCCGGUGGUGGUGGAGGAUGUUAAUCUUCCCAGCAUACUACCUUUCCAGCCACCGCCUCUUCCUGGAGUAGACGGCCCACCUCCUCCGGGUCUGCCGCCCCCUCACUCACUCCUGACUCCACCAGUGAACCUCAGACCACCUGUGCCCCCACCGGGCACCAUGCCUCCCAGCCUACCACCUGUAGCAGGUCCUCCUCCUCCUCUUCCUGCUCUUCAGCCCUCUGGUAUGGAUGCUCCACCCAACUCCAUCACCAGCUCUGUGCCCACUAUAGUGACAUCAGGUGUCCGGCCUCCACCGAUCACCCAGCCUCCACCUCCUCUCUUCACUUCAGAUUCGUUUGAGCCAGAUGUCUAUAAUCCCGAAGCCCCCAGCAUGACGUCACGACCCAUGUACAGACACAGAGUCAACGCUCAGCGGCCCAAUCUGAUUGGUCUGACCAUGGGAGAAGUGGAUCUGCCCCCUAGAGAGAAAAUGUUAAACAGCAACAGCGCUCGGAUAGUUUUAGAAUCAGACUCCAGGAAGAGAGGAGCAGGACUUCAUGACGGAGCGAUUCCUGCAAAGAAACCUUGGUUUGACAAACCAAACUUCAACAAACCCAACCACCACGGCUUUCACAGGAAAGUGCCCUACUCUUCAGCAAACACCAAACUGUCCAUCCGUCAGAUUCCUCCCGAACUCAACAACAUCAGCAAACUGAACGAGCACUUCAGCAAGUUCGGCACCAUCGUAAAUCUACAGGUGGCAUAUAACAAUGACCCAGAGGGGGCGCUGAUCCAGUUUGCCUCCCCUGAAGAAGCCAAACGGGCCAUACAGAGCACAGAGGCAGUGCUCAACAACCGCUUCAUCAGAGUGCACUGGCACAGAGAGGACGUGGUGGAGCACACAAACACCACUCCACAUCCGGUACCAAAUCCUCAAAGCAUAAAGGCAGCUCAGGAGCCUGGGGUGGCCACACUGAAACAGUCCGUGAAAGACCGGCUCGGACCCCUGCCCACAGCCCACCCUGAACCCUCCCGCGACCCCGGCGGUGCCCCACAGAAUACAUCCAAGGCUUCAGUGAAGGACCGUCUGGGCCUCCCUAAACCAGCCGGCCUUGGAGGAAAGGUCUUUUCCACAUCUACUGGCCUGACCAAGACUGUUUAUAACCCAGCUGCACUGAAAGCUGGUCAGAAGGGAGCCCCAUUUGGGAGCACCACUGUCAGCGCAGACGAGGCCCUGAAAAGGAAACAGGAGGCGCUGAAGCUUCAGCAGGACGUUCGGAAAAAGAAACAGGAGAUUUUGGAGAAACACAUUCAGACUCAGAAGCUGCUGAUUUCUAAGCUUGAAAAGAACAAGUCCAUGAAGGCGGAGGAUAAAGCUCUGAUCAUGCAGACCCUCACCUCCCUCACCAACAGCAUCACCAAACUACAGGAGGAGAUGAAAGGCCUGUCCAGUGCUAAUGCCCUCAAGACAACACCGAAGAGCAAAGCUCAGGCUCAAAAGGAGCUCCUGGACACCGAGUUGGACCUUUAUAAGAAAAUGCAGGCAGGAGAGGACACUGCUGAACUCAAGAUCAAAUACACUCAGCUGCAGUUGGAGGCUGCCAAAAGGGGGCUUUUGACCCCGGGUCGUGGAAGGGGGGCCCACGGCAGGGGUCGUGGGGCCCUGAGGAGCCGAGGCCGAGGGAUUCGAGGACGUGGGAGAGGAGUCCCCACUCACGCUGUGGUGGAUCAUCGACCUCGAGCUUUAGAGAUCAGCGGUUUCACUGAGGCUGAUCGAGUCGACCUGCUGCCACACUUCGCACAAUACGGGGAGAUCGAAGAUUGUCAGAUGGAGGAUUCUAGUCUUAGUGCCAUCAUUACAUACAAAUCCCAUGCAGAGGCUGAACAGGCGGCCAUCCACGGAGUUCGGUUAAAUAAUCAGGAGCUGCGUUUGGCCUGGCACAGGCCCGCGGCUUCCCACAACACAACAGACCCGGAUGAGGUCGAACCCGAGGACGAGGAGUUUCCAGAGGAUUCGCUCGUGGAUGAUUCCCUGCUGCAGGACGACGAUGAAGAGGAAGACGAUAAUGAGUCGCGCUCAUGGCGCAGAUGAAGAUGAAGUCGUGUGUCCAGUCCUGCUGCACUGCACCGCUCGAGCGCAUCGGGUCAUUAAUUCUGUGUUUUUUGAAAGGGUUGUUUUUAAAAAUCUGAGUUGCAUUUCACUGCUUUUUUUAUUUUACUUAUCAAACCUGUCGGCAAAUAGAAAACGUUAUUCAAAAGGCUGUGAAUUUCAAUUACUGAGAUGUAAGAUAACAUGAAUGAAUUGAUUUCUCGCCGUCAUCGUUUUGUUUGGUAUCGUGUCAAAACAUUGACUAACUUUUGGCGGCUGCAUUGUUUUUCUUUCUUUUUUUUUGUGGUCAGUAUGUUGACCCAGAUUUCUUUCCAAUAGUUCUGAAGACGUUACAGUUCAAGGCAAAUAUGGGAAAUGUUUCAAUUUCAGAAGACAGCAGUAGAGCAUUUUUGAAGCGUUGUUAUAAAACAUGUUAUAUGCUUUCCUUAGUAUAAUCAGCCUGAUGAGGAUGUAGCUUUUUGUGUACAUAUUUUAUGUAUCAAUUUUAAUGGUUUGUAUAUGAAUUCUUUGCUUCUGGAUUCAUCUCUUGGGUUUAAUUUUGAAAUGUAAAAAAAAAAAAAAAAUUGAAAUGGUCUAGAAAAAAUAUCAGCUGCAAAAACAAGAACAAAAAAAAGAAAAAAACAUUGAGAGCUCUGCUGCAAAAGCUAUGAGCAAAAAAACCAAAAAAAAAUCUGAACAGCUGAAUAAAGACCAUUUCAACCCCAACCCCCCCAAUCCUCACAAAAAGAGCAAAUUUCCUAAAUUCAUCAUGCGUCCAGAACCAGCAAGUAAGUAUGAAGCACAAAUGGAAUCAAAUGAGGUAAGCAAAGUGUUUUAUGUAUUUUACAUCUAUUUAAACUUUCAGGUGACUAACUCUUCUUCAUUUCUGUCCAUUAGGGCACGUGUUUAUGGAUGAAUGUCAAACCGCAUCGGAUCACCAAGCGUAUCCCUUUACAAAUCGGCGUGGUCUUCGUUCACAUUCAAUAUGGCCUUUUCUAAUUAUUCUGACGCUUUCGUGGUCAACCUGUGAUAAAACCGCCCAGCUCUUUUCCCGCAGGACACUAAAACCUGUUUUUACAAUAUUUGUUGACCCUUGAUGCCAUCACACCAUCCUGACGGCUUGCAUCCGACCCUCCAUGCAACCUCAGAGCAUCACAUUUGCAUAGUGGAGAACGAAUUACCCAAUCAGAGCUGUGGCAGUCGGUGAUGUGGCUCUCCCGCCUUGGUGCCUGUCGUGGAAGCUCAGCUAAUUGUGAAGAAUUCGAUUUGCUCUUGGAGUGCGCCAUGAAGCUCAGCUUUACCCCCACCGACUAAACCUCGCCCGGCCCAGCAAGGGGGCCCUUAAGUGGACGCCUGCCCCCUCCUACACGGCCUCAUGCUGCACUCCUCGCCCAAUACCCCCUCCGUCGGUCACAGGGACCUGAUCUCUCACCAUCGUGGAGGCCUAAAGUGAGUGUGUGUGUGUGUGUCCCGUUCCUCCCCUAGUUAAAAUUUGACCUUUGACCUCUCUCCCAGUGUAAUAUACCAUUUUAAUAAGCUUUGUUGGGUCAGUUAGUGUGUCGUUACUAUGGAGAUUGUCGUGGUGUGUGAGGGAUGUAAAUGGCGGUUCUUAAAUAGGCCUAUUUAAUCUGAGGGACCCCUGCAGCCCGACUACUCCGUAAUGAAGUGAUGUAUUUGUUAAACUCGCACUCAUCGCGAGCUGCGAGUCCGUGAGGCCAAUGCGUUUCCGGCGGAAUAAAGCUCGUAAUGCGUUUACCGCUGAAAACGUGGGCUAACCAGUUUAGAGCGCUUCAGCUAACGCGUUUACACUGGCCCAGUCAUUUGUAACGACUCUUUAAUCUGUAAUUUGUGUCAGUAAGAUAAAUGGGUUUAUUUCUUUACCGGUGAAGAGAAUGAUGUUUGAGGUGCGAAGUUAGCAUCAGGACUUUUGUUAGUCGUUUUAUUCUAAUUUGGGUCAUUAACGUAUGCAAAAAUGUCAUUCGUCCUGCUUGUAUAAAUUUUACAUGUAAUUUUACAUCCGCAUCCAGUUCUGAUCAAAUGGGGGAUUUGUUUAAUUGUUUCAUUAAAACGAUCUCCAAAUCUGCAACGGGUGAUGGUGCCCAGUGUUUUUCGUAGCCUCCUGCUAGUGCUGAGAAAAAGUCUUUAAUAUUUUAUGUGAUCACAGGCCUCUAUAAGCAAAUUUCAGUCCCUGGCAAGUUCAGCCAAAACAUGAUUAAUUUAGUGUUUAUCCCCGACAUCCUUUAAAAAAAAAAACAAAACCCCCUCGGCCAGACGUGCAGAGCUCAGUUUGAGACUAAAUCUCUAACUCUACAUCAUAAUACAGGCCUGGGGAGGAAUCUUUGCUUGGGCCGCAUUUUCUUAUUUGGUUAUCUGAGAAAGCGGAAGACCGAGCUUCUUUGAAAUGGUUUUCAUACCACUGUGCUGCGGUCAAAAUAGACCGAGCCGGUCGUACCGCUUGCCAGAAAGCUGUAGAAUUUUGAUAAUUCUUUUUUUGUUCUGCUUUUAGUUUUUGUUUCGGUAAAAUGAUCCAGUGAAGUAAGAGAGAUGCUGUUGACCUUGUUUACUCCAUGGAUUUUGCAUCACUUUUCAACUUUAGAUUACUGAAAUUAUAACCAAGAAUGAAGCUUGAGCCAACAUCACGAUUACUCGCCCGCAUGUACUUCAGGUUUUCGUUGAUCUGCCAAAAACAGGUUUUUAAUGAAACUUGAGGGACUUUCAUUCCACCAAAAAGUUCUAAAAGACAUCCGUAUGAAUUUUGAGCAACAGGACGGUGAGUAAUGAGAUAAUGUUCAUCUUUAGGUGACCUGUACCUUUAAAUGACAAUGAAACGGUGGAAGUGAUGUUCUGUAUAUAAAAGCUGUGGUCACAUUGUGGCGAAAAUCACAAAUGAUUUGCUUUAAAUUUCAAUGAUGGCAUUCAACAUCUGAAACGGUUUGAAGCUGCAGCACUGUGAACCAGCUGUUUUAAGUUGUUUGUUAAAAAUAAAAAUUCUGUUAUUUUGAAGUAACCCUCAAGUAGUUCCAAACCUGUAUGGAUGUCUUUGUUCUGCCAAACACAAAGGAAGAGAGAAGAAAAAAUGUUUGUGACCAGGCAGCUUUCGGUCAUCAUUUACUUCCUGUGUGUGUGAAAUUUUUUAUAAUUUUUUUUUGUCCAACUUUUUUCAAAAUAUCAUAAUUUGUGUUCGGCAGAACAAAGAAAUUCGUACAAGUUUGUAACUAAAACUGUGAGCUAAUAUGAACUAUGAACUACUGUAAUAAAUGUAUUGCACAUUGUUUGUUAAUGUUCGUUAAUGCAUUAGGUAAUGUUAACAAAUGACACCUUAUUGUAAAGUGUUGCCAUGGUUUUUGUGUUUUUUGAGAACCGCUGAAGUACUGGGUGAAUUAGGUAAAACUGCAAUUAAUUGCAGUUUUACAGAAGACGACAUGGGAAGUACAGUAUGAGGGAUUUCGAUACAGCGCUUGUAAUGACCGAAUGCUGUAUAGUUUUUUUUUUUUUUGGUCUCUCUGGGAGAGUUGUCAGGAGACGCUCCAUCUGUCUCACUCUGCGGCGUCAGUAAAGGUGCUGACAGAAGCUUUGGCUGUUUGAACUUUACAGUGGCCUUGUCAUGCAGACAACUGCCCUCAGCUGAACCACAAAUCCCAGAUUCCCCAGCAACACUGCAAAAUUAGCUCCAUAAAUCAGGGGGGCUUCUGGGAAUAGGCCCUGUGUUGCCAGGGGCGAUGGAUCAUCCCAGAUACCGGUGUCAGGGGUGCGUGAAUCUCGGUGCCACCACGGGCAGAUCCAGCCGUCACUCGUGUUAAAAAUACUCGAGUGAAGUCGGUGAGAAACACACGGGCAGGAGCUGCCGAACGUGUCUGACGCUGGGAAUGUUCACGUGGAGGUGAUGUGAUCUCUGCGGUGUGUCAUGGUCCGUCGUGCCCUGGAGAUGGUCUGAGGGGGCAGGAACGGGAGAGCUGUCAGCGGAUGACACGGAGGAGACGCUCCUCACACACUGAAUACAGAGCAGCUGCACAUUACAGAACGACAAGGUCCACUGAAGGCCAAAACCAUGCCUUGGUGGUAAAACUUAUUAAAAAUACCACAUACAUCGAAAUGCAUCGGAAACGGCCUUCUGUACGACGCUGACCAGAUCAUUGAAGAAAAGUGGCUUGCAGGCUGUUAAUGCAGACUUCAGUAGCAAAUAAAAACACGUGUCAAGUUU